AUGGCGUCAAUUCGAUACCUGCUCUUUUUGGUCCUUAGUGCCUUCUUUGCGGCAAACACAGGACCUCACCAAAUGGACAUUGGUGUAGGCGUCGGGCUCUUCCCUGCACAGCAUCGCAAGCAGAUGCGACAGCGCCACCAAGAGUGGCCUCAGAACUUGGCGCUUGUCGGCAUGAAUCCUUCGUGCCUGCAAAAGUCUGCCACGCGUAUCGACUACCCAGGCAAGACCGCAUAUCUUCGAUGUACCUGCUGCAUUGUCUGCUCCGCCAAUAGAACGCAAGAUCACUGUAUUUGCGAAUCUAAAACGGACUCUGCUUGGUGCCACUAUCCUGGCUAUGGAGCACAACACUACCUGCUGGGGCGUCUGACGAUGCGCCUCCACAACUGGAGAGGCAUUUUUGGGAAUGCGGAUGAUAGCUCAGAGAUAUUUGUCAAGGCCCUGGAAGAUGAGUUUGAGGAGGUCGAGACCCAUAUUGUGGAUGUGGCGCUGCUCUUUCGGGCUUGUAAACCCCGGUUGGCGUUAGCCUGA